UCUAUGGCAUUUUGUGCUAUGUAAUUGAUAAGUCACAUACGCUAUAUAAAUAAAAUCUUUAGCUAUAUUUGUACUGUUUUUGUUGGCUUUCUGAACAACAGAAAGGAGGAAGCAGUGUACUUGAAAGUUUUAUUUAACUGGAAAUUAAUUUAUUGACUUCCAAUAUGGCUUUCUGUCUUCCAAGAUACAAACAUAUCCUCGUUGCAUUCACAAUUAUUUUUGGAGUUUUUGGAGUGAAACGGGUUAUUGGUUCGCAGUCCCGGAAACCAUGCAUGUAUGAAUGUGUAAAAUUGGAUACAUCCAUUAAACAUUACGUUUCUCCGGAUGCAGACAUAAGAUGCAUUCUUCAUGAAAAUCAGUUUGGAUGUACAAUCAGUUUGAGUGAUUUUUACGAGAAACUGAGUAUUUUGCACAAUUCAAAUGUUACGCAGCCCAAAAACGAGUUGACUCUCAAUCUGAAGAUAAAUUGUGUCGAUAACGAGAUUCACUUCACUUCUUCGUCAGAAAUAGAGGAAAAUGAAAUUCAAAUCAAAGUAGCUGCAUUGUUAGAACUACAGUCGUGUACGGUGUUUUUAAAUGAAUUACAAGUAUUUAAGAAAUAUGGCAGAAUAAAGACGUUAUCAAAAUUCUUUGAUACGACAAUAUACCCAGACGCCGACUGUUCUAGUCUUGCAGAUAUUAUAAGUAUUAUCAAUCACAUUCCAUGCGGUUUUAACAAAAUUUCUUCUUUUGACAGUGCCACACGAUUCUUUUGGGAAUCUUGCGAACAAACAUUAGACGAAGUUGUUAGUCUAGAAAUAUAUGGCUGCUUCCAACAAAAAUGUCAAGUGAGACAAGAUUUGCUUCAAAGAACAUUUCCAAGACUUCAAGUGUUAAAACUGAAUAACGUAAGGUUGACCAGAUUUCCAAAAACAUUUCCAUGGACAAAAAUUCACAUUGACCUAUAUUCACCAAAGAAUGCCUCAGAUGAUGGAAUCUUUUCAAAAUUACCUUUUGAUAGUAUAACUAAAAAUAUAUCAUCGAUUCCGAGAAAAAUAGAAAUAAGUGCAAGUGAUAUGAACAUCAGUGAUGUAAACCUCGACGGAGACAUCCAAAGCAUCGUUAUAAUUAAUUCGCAUCUGAAACGAAUUAAUGAAAACCUAUUCAGACAUGUUACUGGUUUGAUAGUGUUGGACCUGUCUAACAACGAUCUCGAAGAAAUAGAUGAAAGUGCGUUUCAAAUGCAAACAAAUUUGACUUAUUUAAAGCUGAAAAAGAACAAGUUAAAAUUCCUUUCCAUGAAUGUUUUUAACAGCCUGUACAAUGUGAUGCUCAUUGAUUUGUCGUUCAAUGAAAUUAGAACCUUAAGCCAGGAACACUUCAAGCAUCUUUUGAUUUUGCAAGCAUUAAAUCUUGCAUUCAAUAAAAUUACACAGCUACCAGGCGACUUUUUAAAAGAUCAAAUUCAUUCCUUACAAACACUUGAUCUUUCUUGGAAUCCUUUAGAAGUGAUUCCCAUAAACGCUUUUUAUAGUGAUAAAUUACAGAAUAUUCUCAUUAGCCACUGCAACAUCAACUCAACAGUUUUUUAUACUUUUAUAAAAAGUUUGAAAUAUAAGACAUUACUUGAAUUACUUGAGUCUUUCACUGACCAUGAUAGUCGUGUAAAAGAACUAUAUUCAUCAGAAUGGCCUUUCAGAGCUAUUCUUGACAUUUCAUUUAACCAGAUACAGUACAUUGACACAGACAUAACUAAUAUUACGGCAAGAAGGACAUACGAUCAAUUGAUCAAGUCCAUCUAUAUUAUCUUUACAGGGAAUCCUAUUGACUGCAAAUGUUUAACUUUCAACAUAAAACAUUCGUACAUCGACUGGAAAUGUAUGUAUCCUUCUGAAAUGAAAGGGCGACUUGUCACAAGUAUAAAAGAUAAUGAAUUUUACUGUCAAGUUAACAUUACAAACUGUCCAAAACUUUGCACUUGUUACGAACGUGUUAAAGCACAUACAUUCAUUGUCGACUGUAAAAAUAUAAACAUUACAACUUGGCCGGAUACAAUGCCAGUAGGGGAACUAGAACUUUGGUUUCGAAAUUCAAGUCUAAUGAAUAUAACUGUUCAUGAAUACUUCAAAAAUGUAACAGUACUUGAUGGCUCACACAACAGAAUAAACGUAAUUACAUCAACUGCUGCAAUUGCACUGACAAAUUUAACAUCUUUAAAAUUAGACCAUAAUAACUUAACAAGUCUUCCUGAUGAAAUAAUGUCAACAAAUAUUAGAACAUUAACGCUUGCACAUAACCCUUUCCUCUGUGACUGUCGCAUUCGCUGGAUGAAAACAUGGCUCCUAAAAGGAAGAAGCCCAGUUACAGACUGGACUGCAAUUGAAUGUACUUAUAACACAAGCAAAGUAAACCAAAUGGUAUCUCUCUCAGAUUCAUUCUUUGUUUGCCGUUCUUGGUCCAUAGUCAGUAUGUCUGAAAAUGUUACUUUUCUAAUUAUUGUCAUAGGAUGCUUUUUGUUUCUUUUAGUUUCCUUAUCUCUAUUAAUAUAUUUCCAAAGGUUCACGAUCAAAGUGUUACUCUUUAUGCACUUUGGAAUUCAUUCAUUUGAUGAACAAAAUCACAAUGAUGCAAAUAUGGAAUAUGAUGCUUUUGUGCUUUAUUCACAAAGUGACUCUGCAUUCGUAAGUAAGAAUAUAAUAGAAACUCUGAUAAAGAAAGGUUAUACUGUAUGUGACUUAUAUGAAGACCUUGUGAUUGGUUUUACAUUUCUCAAUAACAUUGAACACAUGGUCAAAAAGUCAAGAAAAAUUAUAUUCUCAAUGACAGAAGAUACACUAACUAAUACUCUGCUGAUGUCUGCAUGGAAUAUAGCUUAUGAAAAAUCAAUCGACAAUUUCACAGACUCUAUCAUUUUAGUACUUGAUAAUGAAAUUAAGAGUAAAUGUGAGGAGGAUAAAGUGAGAAAAUAUAUAAGGAGUGGUAAAUAUAUCAAAAAGAAAUCAAACAUUCUGCAAUCAAGUAUUUUGUAUUUUAUGCCAAAGCACGUGAACAUAGUAAAUGACAGUAAUUUAAAUAUGGUGAACACUGAUAAAACUGCCAUACCAAUGAUAAUAGAAAGAAAUAAUUUAAAUAGCAGUUUAGUGUACAUAUCACACUCUGAAGAACAUGAUAAAGAAAUGAGGAACACCUUUAUUCCUGAGUUACAAGUAAAAAACUAUGAUGUUAGAAUCUUUGAGAACGCGUUUAUUCCUGGUACUGAUAUUCGUGAUGAAAUUAACGAAAAGCUUGAAGAUUCCGAACAUUUCAUUUUUAUUCUUUCACAUGACACGAUUCAAGACGAAGUUAAGAUGUUCAUUCUCUCCACUAUCAUAUCGAAAUCUGUCUUCAGUAAUGACAACUACCUAUUGUUAUUCACUUCUGGCUUUAUAGAUUAUUCGUGCUUGCCUAAAGAGAUAGAAUAUUAUUUAAACAAAUAUGUUACAGCAAGCAUCUCAUGUCCAGAGUUUAAAGGACGUUUGUUAAAAGCUCUGAGCUUUAUUAUUGGAGCAAUACUUGGUCUAGCUAUUGGGCAGGAGCAUAGGAAACCGUGCAUGUACACGGUGAAUGGAUUCGAUUCAUCCUUAACAUAUAACAAUUCACUGGAUGAAGAAAUAGAAUACGUGCUUGCAGAAAAUCAGUCUGAAUGUGAAAUUAAUCUCAGUGGAUUAUACACGAAUUUGAGCACUUUACACAAUUCAUACAAUUCAAGCUUUAGGCUCGACAGAAAGGAGCUGUUCAUCAGUUUAAGAAUAUACUGUGAUGCAAAGGGAUACAACGAUAUUCACUUGAACUCUUCAUUGGAACAAAGCAAAAAUCAAAGUAAAGUUCAAGUAGCUGUACAAAUAGUAUUACGAAGUUGUUCACUGUUUGUAAAUGAGUUACAAAUCUUCAAGAACCAUGGACGAAUAUGGUCCAUAAUUCAUACAAAUUCUUCAAUAAUACAUCCAGACUCUGACUGCUCUAGUCUUGCUGAAUUACAAAUUCUUAACUCCCGUCUUCCAUGUGAUACAAACAAUAGAUCUUCUGCCAUCAGAGCAACAAGAUUCUUUUGGGAAUUCUGUAGCAAACCGUUUGAAAAAGUUUUCGAUCUGUUGCUUGAAGACCUUGUGAUUGGUUUCACAUUUCUCGAUAACAUUGAACACAUGGUCAAAAAGUCAAGAAAAAUUAUAUUCUUAGUUACAGAGGAUACACUAACUAAUAAUAUGCUGAUGUCUGCAUGGAAUAUAGCUUAUGAAAAAGCAAUUGACAAUUUCACAGACGCUAUAAUUUUAGUACUUGAUAAUGAAAUUAAGAGUAAAUGUGAGGACGAUAAACUGAGAAAAUAUAUAAGGAGUGGUAAAUUUAUCAAAAUGAAAUCAAACCUUCUACAAUCAAGUAUUUUGUAUCUUAUGCCAAAGCACGUGCACAAUGUAAAUAACAGUAAUUUGAAUAUUGUGGACGCUGAUGACCCUGCCAUACCAAUGAUAAUGAAAAGAAAUAAUUUUGGCUAUGAUAUAAAUAACAGUUUAGUGUACAUAUCACACCCUGAAGAACAUGAUGAAGAAAUCAGAAACACCCUAUUUCCUGAGUUAGAAGUGAAGAAUUAUGAUGUUAGAAUCUUUGAAAACGCGUUUAUUCCUGGUGCAGAUAUUCGAGAAGAAAUCACCGAAACGCUUGAAGAUUCCGAACGUUUCAUAUUUAUUCUUUCACAGGAAACACUUGAAGACGAACUUAAAAUGUUCAUUCUCUCCACUGUUAUAUCGAAAUCUGUCUUGAGUAAUAACAACUUUCUAUUGUUAUUCACUUCUGGCUUUAUAGAUUAUUCGUUCUUGCCUAAAGAGAUAGAAAAUUAUUUAAACAAAUAUGUUACAGGAAUAAUCGCAUGUCCCGAGUUCAAAGGACCUACAAGUUUUAAGAACUAUGGAAGAAUAUGGUCAAUACUUCAUCACUCGAAUGCAAUAAUACAUCCAGACUCCGACUGCUCUAGUCUUGCUGAAUUACGAAAUCUUAAUUCCCGUCUUCCAUGUGAUAGAAACAAUAGGUCUCCUGCCAUCAGAGCAUCAAGAUUCUUUUGGGAGUUCUGUAGCAAACCGUUUGAAGGCGUUUUCGAUCUGAUGCUUCGAGGUUGUUUCUAUGAACACUACGAAAUAAAACACGAUUUACUGCAGCAUUUUUUUCCAAAACUUCAAACAUUAAACCUGAAAUACGUUAACUUUGCAAAAUCUCUUGUGACAUAUCCAUGGACAAAUGUAUAUAUUGAUACACCAGACGCAAAGUUAAUCUCAUAUUUAUCUUCCAGUUAUGAAAGUGUCUUAAAGAAUGCAUCGUCAUUACCAAGACUACUAAUAAUACGUAGUAGCGAUGUAAACAUUAGCAAUGUGAAAUUCAUUGGAGAUAUAUCUAUAAUUACGUUAAACAAUAUCCGUUUGAAAAGUCUUAAUGACAAUACAUUCAGAAAUGUUAGUGGUUUAACGCGACUGGACCUAUCUGACAAUGAGCUAGAGACAAUCAAUCAAAACGUGUUCAAAAUGUUAACAAACCUGGAAAGUUUGAAUUUGGGAAUGAACAAACUGACAGGCUUACACCCCGGGGUGUUUAACUGGCUACAUAAUUUGCUAAUCCUUGAUUUGUCUCGCAACAAAAUUAAAACCUUGAAUCAAGGUCAAUUUAAACACCUAAUUAAAUUAGAAAAGGUGUAUCUUGAAUAUAAUGAAAUCACAGAAUUACCAGACGAUUUCUUAAAAGGUCAAAUUCAUUCCUUAAGAAUACUAACGUUAUCAUGGAAUCCUCUUGAAAAUAUUCCAGUUUACCCUCUGUAUGCUGAAGGAGUUACUAGGAUAUUUGUUAGUCAUUGCAAAAUCAAUUCAAGUGGUUUUCAAACACUUAUAGAAAGUUUAAGUCAGAACGACCUUCAUUCUGCUCACGAUGACAAGGCAGUAAGAACUGGUUCUGAGUUCAUUUGGCCUUUCCAACCAAGGACAAUUCUCCAACCAAGGGCAACUCUCGACCUAUCUUUCAAUCAAAUAAGAACUAUUGAAAAUGUAGUAACGAGUGGACCACUGAUAUUGAAGUUUGACAGUUUGCUCUAUUUUUUUCAUGUAAGCCUUUACAGAAAUCCAAUAGACUGCACAUGCAUGUCAGUUAUGCCUUAUUUAACUUCAUAUAUAAAUGAAUAUGUAGUAAAGUCUGGAAACUCGCGACGGUCUAUCACCUGGUUAUGUAUGUACCCUUUGGAAUUGAAAAGGACACUCGUUUCGACUGUAUCAAUAAACGAGACUUACUGUCCUAUUACAGUUGAAAACUGCCCUGAACGUUGCUCUUGUUUUCAGCGUGUAACCAGACAAACUGCAAAUGGACACAAUAAUUAUAGCAGCACAACCAUUGUCGACUGCAGAAAUUUAAACAUUACACGUUUGCCUGAAACAAUGUCAACUGGGAAACUAGAACUUUGGUUUCAAAAUACUAGUCUAACACAGUUAACUGCUAGGGACUACUUCAGAAAUACGACAGUACUUGAUGCCUCAAAGAACAGAAUUAACGUUAUUAAAUCAACUGCGGUAAUUGCAAUGACAAGUUUAACAUCUUUAAAAUUAGAUCAUAAUAAUUUAACAAGUCUUCCUGUUCAAAUCAUGUCAACAAAUAUUAGAACACUAACGCUUUCAAAUAACCCUUUCAUCUGUGACUGUCACAUCCGCUGGAUGAAAUCAUGGCUCAACGAAAGUACAACCCCAGUUACAGACUGGAAUAAAAUUGAAUGUACUUAUAACACAAGCCAAGUAAACCAAAUGGUAUCUCUCUCAGAUUCAUUCUUUGUUUGCCAUUCCGUGUCUACAAUAAGUAUAUCUGAACAUAUUAUUUUCCCAUCAUUUGUAACAGGUUAUACUUUAUUUCUUUUAGUUUCGAUAUCUCUCAUAAUAUAUUUCCAACGAUUCACAAUCAAAGUUUUACUCUUUACGCACUUUGGGAUACAUCCAUUUGAUAAACAAAAACACGAUGAUGCAAAUAUGGAAUAUGAUGCUUUUGUGCUUUAUUCACAAAGUGACUCUGCAUUCGUAAGUAAGAAUAUAAUAGAAACUCUGACAAAGAAAGAUUAUACUGUAUGUGACUUAUAUGAAGACCUUGUGAUUGGUUUCACAUUUCUCGAUAACAUUGAACACAUGGUCAAAAAGUCAAGAAAAAUUAUAUUCUCAAUGACAGAAGAUACAUUAAGUAAUGACAUGCUGAUGUCUGCAUGGAAUAUAGCUUAUGAAAAGGGAAUUGAAAAUUUCACAGAUUCUAUAAUUUUAGUACUUGUUAAUGAAAUUAAGAGUACAUGUGAAGACGAUAAAUUGAAAAAAUAUAUAAGGAGUGGUAAAUUUAUCAAAAAGAAGUCAAACCUUCUACAAUCAAGUAUUUUGUAUCUUAUGCCAACGCACGUGCACAUUGUAAAUAACAGUAAUUUGAAUAUUGUGGACGCUGAUGACCCUGCCAUACCAAUGAUAAUGGAAAGAAAUAAUUUUGGCUAUGAUAUAAAUAGCAGUUUAGUGUACAUAUCACACCCUGAAGAACAUGAUGAAGAAAUCAGAAACACCAUAUUUCCUGAGUUAGAAGUGAAGAAUUAUGAUGUUAGAAUCUUUGAAAACGCGUUUAUUCCUGGUACAGAUAUUCGCGAUGAAAUCACCGAAAAGCUUGAAGAUUCCGAACAUUUCAUAUUUAUUCUUUCACAGGAAACGCUUCUUGACCGUGUUAAAAUGUUCAUUCUCUCCACUGUUAUAUCGAAAUCUGUCUUGAGUAAUGACAACUAUCUAUUGCUAUUCACUUCUGGCUUUAUAGAUUAUUCGUUCUUGCCUAAAGAGAUAGAAAAUUAUUUAAACAAAUAUGUUACGGCAAGCAUCGCAUGUCCUGAGUUCAAAGGACGUUUGUUAAAAGCUCUGGGGUACAGAUUUUAAUCUUAUAUUCACUAGGAUCAUCCAAACGUUUACAAUCAUAAUGUAUAUCAUUUUGAAAACAAAGACCGACGUCAAUAAGAGAUCAAAAUUCAUAAAUAGAUUCUAGUUUUAUAUAAGUACUGUUUUAAUUAUCGAAUCCGCUACAGAGAUUUUAGGUGAAAUUUGGCCUCAUUAUUCAAGAUUCAGAUAUAAACUAUAUAUUAUCAUUUUGACGGUCUACAAUGGUAGUGUCUGUAAUAACUGUCAAUAAUGGCUGAAAUUUACAAUGGUUAAUACCCAAUCAUAUUUUUGUUCACGGUGUUUUGAAAAUUCAUAAUAUUCGUAUUUGGCUUUCAUCCUCUUUAAAACGAUGCUCUAAACAUUAAUAGUAUUGUCUUACAUUUAUGUUAUCAAUUUGCUAUAGCCUUGAUCAAAAUCAUUUUCACGUGUACAUCGUAUCAACUUGCAGUGUUAAAAGGUUAUAUAGCAGUAAUUCGGUCCAAAAAAAAAUGAAAUCGAAAGAAGUCCCAAAUAAAUAGAUCCUAAUUUUUCCAUUUUUCGCGCAUUUGCGCGUAAACCGGAGGCCAAAUAGGCAUUAUUUCACUCGUGGAAUGAAUUUUACAUAAAAUAAGACACUUUUCAUGCUAAUAUUCGUGUGUUUACUUGAAAACGAAUGUAGGGUGUUAUUCUGCGGACCGCUUUCUGAAUGUGGCAAUAUGAGGGUACCUGACUUCAGUUGACUUGCAUUUCACUGCAUACUAUUCAACACCCCUUUUUCUUUUGUUUUCUCGAAGCAAAUGUAUGGAUAUCUUGUGGAAAAUAGGUCUACGACGGAGUGAAAAUCUAGAAACUGUAUCAAAAUUGUUCUGAAGGAGAUGAAUUUAUAUGAAACAAAGAACAAUUUCUUUUAUUGGUAUAUAGCCUGAAAAGUCAUCCAUGUUCAACGGGACGUCAUAUAUGAAUUGAAUAGACUAAUUUAACCUUCUUUUCUCAGUAACUGUAAAAUUAUAGGCUUUUAUUCUAGUUUUACCAUCGGAAGUGAUUAUAAGGAUUUCAUAUGCCUAACUGUGUAAAAACAGGAUUUUCCCUAGCGAUGCAUUUUUAUCCAUGCUGUCCCGAGUAUUGUUAAAACAGAGCUCUGUAAUUUAAAGACAUUUUUGUAAGAUCGCAAUGGCGAAGGAGCGAACUCGAAAGUUAGGGGUGGCAGUGGCGGAAGUGGGGCGGGCGGGUGGCGAUCAGCGCUUAACCUAUCAAAAUUAUCCCUAAAAAAUUAAAAUACAAACAAGAAAAGUACGUUCUUUUCCCUUAUUGACAACAGACAUCGAAUCAAAUCCUAAGUAUCAGUUUAUCAGUACAUGCUCUCUCAAACUGGAUUUUCCCUUUAACAACUGCUAUUUUUAAAAAAAAAUGUUUUUAGGUCAAAAAUCAGUGUGGGAAGGCCUAGCCCCCAUCUGCUCCUACUCCUAUGGAUCGUUUUUGUUGCAAAGAUUGAGAUGACUAUUUCCUGACAUUAUGUAUAUAUAUAUAGUUUGUUUAUGUAUUGGUGAUAUAAUAGUGCUAAACUAUGUUACGUCUGUCACCUAAGGAGUUGAAAGCAGCUGUCAUGUAGGCCCUACCGGUAGACAUAAUUUGAAUAUUUGUCUUUUUACACAAUUUAGAUGUUUGUAACAUUGAAACAUUUUAUUCAGUACCACUGUUAGCGCUUAUUAUCCUUUAAAUUUAUUGCAGAAGUCUGAUAUCGUUUACAGCUUCGUUUUGCACCAUUAUAAAUGUAUAAAUUUUACAUGAUUAUUCAUUUUACGCUUGAGGUUUGCCUUUUACACCUUUCUAGAUGCUCUUAUUAUAAAUCAUGCUUAAGGUAUAUUUAGAUCUGUAAUGUUACAUCGUUAUUUAAUGAUAUCGUAAUAUACAUUUUCAUAAACGGAUUAUGCGUUUUAUGCUAUCCAAGAUAACGUUGUUGAGGUUCGCAUUUUACACCAUUCUAGAUGGAUUUUUUUAGAUUUUAUAUUAUAAAUCAUGGUUAGGGUUUAUUUAUAUUUUUAUUGUUAUCUCAUUAUGAAAAAAAAAGUUUUAUAUCGUUCACAGCUUCGUUUUGCACUAUUAUAAAUGUAUAAAUGUUUAAAAAAAUGUUCAUUUUACGCUAUCCAAGAUAACGUUGAAGUUUGACACAUACCAUUUGAAAUUUGUUAUUAUGAACCAUGGUAAAGGUUUAUUUAGACUGCUGUAUAUAGAUGUUUAUGUCGUUUUCAGCCAUAGAUGUAAGAAAAACUAAAUGGGUUUUCUUCUUACAUCAUCAAAUAUGUUUUAAGGUUGAGAUUUCAGGCCUACGUUGUGAAAAUUAUUUUUCAUUCCUGUAUAACGCAUUAUCUUAUAACUUUGUCUUGAUUUAGAUAAAAGAAACUGUUCUGAAAGAAAUAUAUCUACUUGCCAAUUUUUUCAUCUGAUUGCUUAUCACGUAGAGAUAAGUUGACAAGAUUCUGCUGAAGAUAAAAUUGCCAUUCAUGAACAUAAUAAUUAUGUACUGUUUUAAAUGCCAAAUGUUAUAACUUGUAGAGCACCUGGUACAUACUUUAAAUAAACAGUAUUCUGUUAUACAUCUUGUGUUUUUGUUGUCAAACUGAUUUAUAUAACACAGGCAUGUUAGAUAAAUAUUUAUUUGGAGAGUAUCCAUCAUUUUAUAUUGUAUAUCCUGUAUAAGAUGGUACUUUUGAAAUUAGACAACCAAUCAGACACUGUAUGUAUUCACAAAAUUAUUUUAUUGUGAUAUUGUUUACUGCAUUAGGUCAUUAUGUACACGGAUGAGAUCAGUACAACCAAUCCGCCAAUGUACAUAUUUAAAUCAUAUUAGGAAGAUCUUAAUCGUCUCACACUCUGUUAAUCAAGAUUAGUAUUGACAAAUAUUUUGGCCCAUAAGAUAUUAUUCAUUGACAUGACAGAAUCAGUUCAGUCCGAUUUUAUGAUAGAGACAUAUUAUGUAUUAACAACAAUAAAUAGACAUAUAGAUGCAGUGUUGAAACAAAUAUCCCGUAUUUUGGCUGGUAUAAAAGGGAUAUAUCAGAAAAUAAAUCUUACCUAAAUUCUUAUUUUAAUAUUCCUGUUUUUGUAAAUUUUAAAAUGGCUACCACUGUAAAGUUCUCCAGUUCUUUUGUCACUGUUCUAUGUCUGUCAGUGAGUGAAUGAUUUUGUAAAUCAGCUUAUUUGAUUUGUUAUAUUGUUUAACCUUGUUAGCAGCAAAAUUAAAGUUUUUUCUUUAUUUAUUAAGUAUUUUUGUGUCUGAGGAAUUAAAGAUAUUAUACUCAUGCAUAAGAUACCUGUUAUAUAUUAAGUCAGAAACAGCGGGAAAAGUUUUAAUAUUUCGUAUUGAAGUAUGAUUAUUUGUGUUUAUAUUCAUAAAAUGUAUAAAGCUUGAA